AUGCUUCACUCGUCUGGCCAGUUCGCAGACGCCAUGAGUCGGUCCAAAGCGUAUAACAUGUCCUUCUGUCGCGUGACCAAAGUGACGAGGGCAUUAGACGGUUCUUUGAGUGCCACGAUCGGAGCGACUAUGACGCCGCAGUUUUCCCCCAGCAGCCUCGUUCAAGCAGCGCAGGAGACUCGGCAGAUGUUGGCCAACAGCGAGGCGACCGUUGGCAGCGAGUUUUCUAUGUCCAACGGUCUUUCCGAUCCCGUUCUUACAAUGAACUGUGAGUGA